UGUGGUGGUCAUACGGUUCCCAGCCACUCCACAGCGUCAGCUCCCGCCCGACUGUCCGCGUGAAGCUCGGCGAAUCUAAAGUGGACCGAGCGGAACCGGUUCAGUAAAGUGAGAGUGCCAUGAGGAGAGGAGCCAGAGAGUGAGGCGAUGGGCUGCACCUCGGCUAAGCAGGUGUCGGCCGUGCCCAGCGAUGAGGAAGGCCGGGGCAAGGCCUACAGCAACGGAGACCUCUUCUCCGACGAGUACAAGAUGAAGGGAGUGGAGGAGGUGAAGUACAUGCGUGGAGAGGAGGACCGGGUGAACGCACGUAACCAGGAGAACCUGGAGAAAAGCUCUGUACAGUACAGGGGCAAACAGCAGAAAGAAGGCUCUGGAGCCAACGCCAACAGGACAAACAUCCACACGUCAGAGAGCCAGCAGGAGUUCUUCAGGAUGCUGGAUGAGAAGAUUGAGAAGGGACAGGACUACUGUUCGGAGGAGGAAGAGGCGGAGGACGGGACAUAGCACACAGGCCCCUGACUCAACCCCCUACAGAGAGCCUCCCAGAGUGUGUAUGGGUGCAUGUAAGAGAAUCCGUGUGUGUUUGUGUGUGUAUGUUUGACUGCCUUGUGAUUCUGUAUGUGUAUGUGUGUGUGUGUGUGUGUGUGUGUGUGUGUGUGUGUGUGUGUGUGUGUGUGUGUGUGUGUGUGUGUGUGUGUGUGUGUGUGUGUGUGUGUGUGUGUGUGUGUGUGUGUGUGUGUGUGUGUGUGUGUGUGAGAGAGAGAGAGAGAAUGCUAUCCUCAAAAACUGUUGCCUCCCUCUUGGCCCUCGUCACAUUGGGUCCCUUAGUGGAUUGCUGGAGGGAGAGACGAAAUGUGGACUCACUACAGCCAGGCCAGUGUUCCUGCUCCCCUGCAGGACUAUGGAGAGAUACUACCCCACCCCUCUACCGCAACUACCACCCCAGUGAACUGUACUGUGGUCCCUGGUCCAACUCUGUGUAUACCACCCCCUCAUGACUCGUCGUCGGCAUCAUAGUCUCGGGAGACAAUAGAUUUCUUGUGCCUGGGUGUUAGGUCAUAGCGCAGUGUCUGCUGUGGCUGUGAACUCCAAUCUGUCUGGGAGACACCCUCCUGGUUUCCACCCUCCAUGGCUCUUGCUGUUGUGCUUCUCCUGCGAGGAGCAGAGAUAUGGAUGGAGAUAGAGGGGGGGGGGGGGCACUUCCAUAACCCCCACCAGCCCUCGUCACAGAACUGAGGCUCGCUGCUGGAGUGAGCCGGAGGGAGGGAGGGAGGGAAAAGAGAGAACCCCUGAUAUUUUAAUAAGAGAGAGAAGAGGGAGUGGGUUCUUUUGGAGCUCUGAACUUCUGCCCUUUGAAGGACCUUUUUCUUUUAAAAUUCUGUUCAUCCAGUUAAGUUUUUUUUUAUUUAAUUAGAAUUUUAAUGUUUUUUUUUUUAUAUGCCUUCUAUCAUAAUGCAUCACCUCCUGCAGGCUACAGCUCUAUAGGCCAGAGCUCCUGGGUCUCUACACAACCUGUCCUCUUAAAUAUACCCUCAACACUACUACACCAGACCCUGGCUUUGUGAGACUAAACACAUACUGUACACACACAUCUCCACACACACUCAACCUCAUAUUCAUAGAUGCACUCAUAUAUUCACACACACACACAUAAGUACAGACCAAAGCAGCUGGACACAAACACACAGAGAUGCCAUUGUAUUCCUGUCAUUUUGUUAGCCCAGUGUUAUGUAAGUAUGUUAGUAGGCUGUGGUGUUGAUGGGUUUGGGUGAAUGUAGGAACCAGCAGCCAUGGGUUAUUUGGUUCCUGCUGCUGGACUUAUUCAUGUGCACCUGCAGUGUUCAUUACUCUUUCCUCCGCAUUGGUCGCUCAGUCGCUGCUUCUCUUCGACUCAGUAGUAUUGAAGCUUACUGGCAGAGUGGAGUCACCCUCUGUUGACACACACACACACACACAGCCUUUCAUGGACUGAGAAGUGAGUUGAAAGAAAAAGAGGUAUGGUUGCCUGGGAGACACAGCCCUGAUCAUGCUUAUGUCAUCAUCAUUAAUGGAUCCUUUCUUUUUCAUUUGAUUUUUCAAUACUUUUUGUUUUUCUAUUAAAAUUAGAAACACAGGAGCUGUU